AUAUAGUUUAGUAGUUGAUCAUUCGAUUCAGGUAGAGUUCGCUAAUGUAUGGGGGUAUUUUUUUUACAGUGUCGGUAUUUCAGAACAGUACACAGAAAAAUAUUUUGUUGCACAGUCUGUACAUCUUAAGAUUGUGUUAUAAUGACGUUAGUUCUAAAGUUUGAAGAUAGAGGAUACUAACAUUGAAUUGAACAGUUCAUUCAAAACAUAACCUAAGUGCAUUUGUGAUUUGAGAAUACAAUUUAAGACCUGAAAUGUCACUUAAACGAAAAUUAACGCAAGAUGAUUUGCGUAAAGCAAUGAGUGAACAUAAAAAGAAAUUAGGUGUUGUUAAAAAAAUUGAAUCACCGUUAGCAAAAUAUACAGAUGCAGGACAGCUAAUGUGUAUUUUAUGUAAAACUGUUGUACGAAAUGAAACAGCCUGGCCAGUUCACUUAAAUUCAAAAACUCAUAAAGAAAAUAUAGAAUUAGCAAAAAAAACCAAAUUAGAAACAACAACCUCGAAGUCUCCAACACAUACAUUUAAAAGGCCUACAUCUCCUUCCGAAGAAUCUUCAACAAAUAAAAAAGUAAAAGGGAUAUUGAAGAAUCCUUUGCCUCAGUCGACACAAGUGACAUCAAGUUUACCAUUAGACUUCUUCGAUAAUUAUAAACAAACGAAUGGUUUUAUGUCUCAGAAUGCAUCUGUGACAACAUGUAAGUUAGAGAACAAUAAAGACUUUGUGAAUGAUACAGAUAUAAAAAAUGUGGAAAUAGAAGAAGAAAAGGAGAUAGAUAGAAACAAAGAUACAAAUCAAACUGUUUUACCAGAAGGAUUCUUUGAUGAUCCAGUUUUAGAUGCCAAAGUCCGCAAUGUUGAAUAUAAAAAUCCAAUAGAAGAAGAAUGGGAAAAGUUUCAAAAAGAAAUUAAAGAAGAGACAGCACAGUCAGCACAGAUCAUUGCAGAUGAUCAGGAGGAAGCAACUACAGAAAGACAAUUAGAUGAGAUAGAAGAACAAAUACGGCAUUGGUCUAGGGUAAUGGAUCUUGUAAAACGUAAGGAACAAGUACAAGCUACUGACAGGAAGCAGAAGAAUACAGACGAGGAUGUUUCCAGUGGAGAUGAGGCUGACUUUGACGAAUUUCUCGAUUGGAGAGCCAAGAAUUCUUACAAAUGAACUCAGUUUUUAUCAUGUACUAUAUUUACAGACUGUAAAUAUUUAAAAACAUACUAUCUUUAAAAGUAUUUUACAUUAGAGUGUUAUAAUGAUUUAUCUUUCUCAUAGAAUUCUGAGUAUUGUUUGUAUAAAAUGAAAAAACAAAAAAAAUAAUGACUGA